CUUUAAAAUAUAAUCACGCCAGUACGUUUCGUAACGGAAAGGGGAACGCUGGACGAGGAAAGUUUGAAAUGGAUCGGGAUUUAAAGAAUAUUGAAACUCAAAUUUAGCGGAUGAAACAGAACAAAUAGUACGGUAAGAAAUAAAAUGUUAAAAAACUUAAUCCGUCGAGCCGGAGUUGAACCAGCGACCUAUGGAUAUCUUUAUCAGGUAAUUGUAACAAUUUUCUCUUUCAUUGUUAUUCGAUACUACAGUCCACCGCUCUACCAACUGAGCUAUCGACGGAUGAAUUUAUGGCGUAGUAAACAAGGUAUUAUUAUUAUAGUGAAACAUAAUUGCAUUAUUUUUCCAAGGAUCAAUGUGAAGUCAGAACAGUGGAAGAGGAUAAGAAAUUAUAGGACUAAAUAAAUAGUGCCUUUAACUUUAUCGAUUUGUUCUUGGAGGAAUGGUGCGAUAGAUUAUAAUGAAACAUUCUAAUAGAAAAACAUGCAAAUGACGGUGGCAAUUGCAUGCUUCCCCUGCCUCUCUAUUUGAUUUUUCUCUGUUGCUGGCAGACUUGAGGUAGGGUGAGCAUUAUUUUAAGGAAGAGUAAGAAUUUACGAAAUAAAAAACAUUUUAUCAAUUUUCUCAGUCGACGGCCAUUCUCAGAUGAGUUCAGAUGUGGUGUUCUCUCACAUGGUCGCUAUCUUUGUUUAGAUUUGGAUGCCCUCAUUCUUAAUUAACAGCAGAGGCGAUUCAAGAGUUAGAUGUACCCAUUAGAAACUAGAAACUGAUUUUCGUUCUCUCAAAACUUGAAGGUCUUAUGCAUCGUGACUUGAUCAAUUCUUAAGCACGUUUCAAAUUGUUUUCAUGCAUUUGGCAGACAAUUUUAUAGUCUCCUUCGACUCCUUCAGCAGAUGACGCUGUGGCUGAACUACAAGGCCACUAGUAGAUUUGGAUGGCGGUCAUACGCUUCACUGGAUGAUGCAAUCACUUCGGCGUGGGGGGCACAGACAACUACUGAAAUUGUUUCCACGCAGCCCGAGAGUCGUGCAGAAUAGGCCUCAACCUCAAAUUGAGGAUUUGGUAGCCAGUUCGUUUAUUUGAUUUUCGUGAAUUUUCUUUCGGGUGCUGGGCAGCAUGUGUCACAUCGUUCGAUUUACAUUUUUGUUAACCGUGUUGCUGUGCUCGUGUUUUAGCUUCGCAUUCGUUUUUCAAAUGCGAGAUGUACCCUUUAGCCAAGGUGAAAGUGUGUCAAACGGAAGGAGAAAUGCUAGAAUGGUUGGCGCUGACGAAGCUACUCAAAAUCAGUAUCCAUUUAUGUUAGCGUUAAUGAAACGAAGUGAUGUGCUGACAGACGAAUAUUCUCUGUACUGUGGGGCAUCUUUGAUCAGUUCGACUCAAAUCCUGACGGCAGCCCACUGCGUGAAUGAUGUUGAAACUAACAGGGUGUUGGGUCCGGAGAGGUUUAUUGUGCUACUUGGAAUGCACUUCAUGAACGAGUCGAUGAACGACGCCCAAGUGACGAAACGAGUGAUUGGGGUCAUGGUCCACGAAGAAUUUGAUUCCAUCAGCCACUUUAACGACAUCGCCAUCCUGACGAUGGAGACACCUGUGGUUUUCACAUCAACCAUUUCUCCCGUUUGCAUGCCACCAAUUGGUUCUACUGACCAAUAUUUGAACAGAAUUGCCAUUGCUCAGGGAUGGGGACGUACACAAGAGAAGGGGAAAAAUUCCGAUUUCCUCCGGCAUGUUGGGAUCCGCAUUAUUUCCAACUCAUUAUGCAGGAAGAGUUAUAUGGAAAAAGGCAAAAUCUCUGAUCAUAUGCUUUGCACCUGGUUGUCUGGCAAAGAUGCUUGCCAGAAUGACAGUGGUGGUCCUUUGGUAAUUGAAGCCGAACAUCUGGAAUGCUCAUGGGUUCAGGUUGGGAUAGUCAGUUUUGGUCGUGGAUGUGCAAGGCGAUUUCCUGGAGUUUAUACGAGGCUGACGUCAUUUUUGCCCUGGCUUAAGAAACAUUUGAAAUCGUGAGUGGGCGUUUUUGUGUUAAACGGUGUCAAGGCGUCUAUCUUUGUUCUUUUGGCAUGCGUUUUAAUAAUAUAAACCUCGCUGUUUAGAAAGUGCAAA